CACUGGGUUUCUUCAUUUUUUCUUCCAUUUUCUCUCGUUCCGGCUUUGUAGGAGCACAAAACUUUCUUGCUUAUUUUCUUUCUCGAGAAAAUCUCACCACCGUUUUCUUUCUGAGCUAUUUACAAAGCCAAAAAAGUUAAAAAUCCGACAGAAGAAUAUAUAUUGUAGUGAGACCCGCCGCCAAUUGUUUUGCCCACAGACUCACCACGAGUUAAAUGGGACAAUCAGGAGAUACUCAGUCGGACAAGCGUUGCGACAUAUGUGGUGAUGUUGGCUAUGAGGAGCUAUUUAAUACCUGUUCUCAAUGCAACAUAAGACGACAUUUCUAUUGCAUGACGACCUUAGUGAGGAACAAGAUAGAAGACUGGAGAUGUGAACUAUGUCUUUCGAAGAAUGAUAUAGAUUCUCUAAACUCUGACCGGACAGAAAAUGGUUUGGUUUCUUCUAAGAAAGUUUGUUUCAACUUGGGGAGACGGGUUGCAUGUAAAAGGAAAAAAGCUGUUGAAACUGGGAAAGUGAAAUUUCUUCCUACAGAGGAAGUUAUUAAGCUGUCUUCUGGCAUACCAAAAAACCUCAUUUCCUUCAAAUAGCCACUCUGGGUCAAAACCUGUACCAGUGAACUUCACUCCAUCUCCAUCCAAGAAGCCAUUCAUGGGAUCCAAAAAGGCCGGCCCUUGGUUUAACCCGAUAAAGGAGAGAAGAAAUCCUACUUUUCGAUCUGUGAAUGCUGGGUGUUGUGGUGCGCAGAUCACUCCAGCAAGUUGUCAGCAUGUGGUCCGAACAUCAAACAAGC